AUGCCCUGGCUGCCAAUAGAGUCAUCAUACCCGCCGCGGCACCCAGUCGAGUCAACAUUAGCGGGUGAGCAAAGGCGACACAAGGUUUGCGGUAUGAGCAUCGCGACGUUUGUUCUAGCGGUGGCCUUGUUUGUUGCUGUCAUCGGUGCAGCAGUGGGCGGUGGUGUUGGUGGGAGCAUGGCCGCGAGUACUUCAAGAAGUCUAGAAGAAUGCCGAAGCGCCCUCAACCGGCAGUCCUCGCCAUCCACUCCCAUCUCAAGCACCCCUCCGUCUCCUCCUUCCUCAACCGGCGCCCCGGACGGAAACUGCACAGCCAACAAGAGGGUCCUGGAGAUUGGGCCCAACGGCGGCGUCGUGCCGCCGACCAGGGACGUCGUCGUCGAGCUCGGCUGCCCAGCCAUGCAGUCGGCGCAAAAGAUCCUAACGAUUGACGGCAAGCGUUUAACCUUUGCCAUCCGGUGCGGAGAGGACUUUAACCGUAAAGAUAUCGGCGCGGCCAUUUCCUACUCAAUGGACGACUGCCUUUACUCGUGCGCGUCGUACAACGUCAUCAGUGGUCGCCAGGAAUGCGUUGCCGUCACAUUUUCUGCCGAGCUGUCGGGCUCGGUGGCGGCUCGGGGCGCCAACUGCUGGCUAAAGAACGAGACGGCCACCCCGCGCAGAAACUUGGGAAACAAGAUCGCAACCGGGAGACUAGAGACGAUUGGGACGUGA